AUGAACCCCACGCUGGUCUUGUUAUUGCUCACCUUCUGCUGCUGUUGUCCUGUCAAUGGCACUCUCUCAAAAACAGAUGCAAAGAAGAAUCAGAAAGUUGAAGUUGAGAGUUCUCCUUCAGAGCUCACAGUGCUGCAGAGAGGGCUGGUGGUGUCAGAUCCACAAUGGAAGGAGAUAGUGAGGGAGGAGAAGAGAUACUGUGCUCUCAUCAAGAAAACAUUCAAUGGACAAGUGCUCGGAUACGUCACACCGUGGAACGCUCACGGUUACGACGUGGCCAAACUCUUCUCUCCGAAGCUGACCUCCUUGUCUCCAGUUUGGCUCCAGCUUCGCAGACGAGGCCCAGAAACCUUCGACGUCUCUGGACUUCACGACAACGAUCCAGGUUGGCUCAAAGCUGUUCGUAAAUCCAACAGGAAAGUGAGGAUCGUCCCUCGCCUGCUGCUGGACGGAUGGUCGUACCAGGAUUACCUCAGUGUUCUGGAGAGCGAGGACGAGAUCGACGAGAUGGCAACGGAACUGAUCGACGUUGCUAAGACAGAAGGAUUCGACGGCUUCACUCUGGAGUUGUGGUCUCAGCUCGGAGGAAACAAAAGAAAGGAGUUGGUGCAUUUGGUCAAACACAUCUGUGAGAUGCUGCAGGAGAAACGUCUGGACUGUGUGUUGGUCAUCCCUCCUCCCAUUACCAGUGAAGGGCAGCCUGGGAAGUUCGGUCCAGAAGAGUUCGAACAGUUGGCUCCAGUCGUGGACGGAUUCAGCCUCAUGACGUACGACUAUUCCAGCCACAGGUCGGGUCCUAGUGCCCCCCUUCCCUGGGUCAGAGACUGUGUGAUGCAGUUGGCUCCGUCGCCACAGUGGAGACACAAGAUCCUGCUGGGACUGAACCUCUACGGCCUGGACUUCUCUGGGCAGGGACCGGAGCCAGUCCUCGGGAACAGAUACAUCGAGCUCCUCCGAGAACACAGACCUAAAAUCCUCUGGGACGAAACUGGAGCCGAGAACUAUUUCACUUACAAAAGAACCAACGGUCUCAAACAUGCGGUGUACUACCCCACUCUGAAGUCCAUGUUCCUGAGGAUAAACCUGGCUCUGGAGCUCGGGACCGGUCUCUCUCUGUGGGAACUGGGACAAGGACUGGACUAUUUUUAUGACCUGCUCUGA